AUGCGGCCGCCAGAUCUGUGGCGGUUAUGGCUCAAACUAGCGGCCCUGCUGACGUACGGGGCGACGCUCGACAAAACGAAUAUCGAAGACUGCGCAACGGUUCUCGGCGAAAACCUGCUCGAGACGUUCAACCGAGCCACGAGAUCACAGCAUAUCCCGGAGUACUACGACGGUUACGUCGAGGUCGAGCAGUACGACCCGCGGAUAGAGCUCAAAAAGGCGAAACAGCACAUUGAAAAAUAUUUGGCGAGGAGGGCGAAAUUUGCAUAUGAUGCGAAACUGUCCCUCGAAGCACGACCCCUCCUCGAGGGCACCGAUCUUGAGGUCAACAACCCGGACUCGAAAAACUUUAUCCGGUAUAUGAGCGCCAAGUCGGGAGGUGAUGGCGGGAUUCUCUAUCGUCAUGACCACAGCUUUAACAACAGGAUCAGCUUAAAUGCGACGAGGAACUUUUCGAUGCACGCGAACGCCAAUUUCUACUUCCUCAGCACGUCUUCAAUAGCCUCGGCAGUUCAUAUCCCAACGCCGAUCUAUGAUCGAGACCCUGAACUCCUCAACAAGAUCCACUGGUCCGACAUCGACCAGGUGUACCGCAGCAAUCGAGAGGGAACCCGAGACUUGGCCUUCCAGCUCUUCUGCUCCGAAUCUGGGUUUAUGCGAUAUUUUCCGGCGGCUCCUUGGUACUGGGACCACGAGACCGAUCGAGACGUCUUAGACCUGUUUGACUGCCGGAACAGUGAAUGGUAUAUUAACGGUGCGACUUGCUCAAAAAAUGUGCUCAUCAUGCUCGACAUGAGCGGCUCGAUGCUGGGGCAACGGUAUGAAAUUGCCAAACAAACCACCGAAGCCAUCUUGGAGACCUUGUCCCACAAUGAUUACUUCAAUAUUUUGCCGUUUGCUGCAAACCCUCAAUUCUUGGAUGAAGAAUGCUCCAAGCAGCACCCGAUGCUCCAGGCCACGAUGAGGAAUAAAAAAUACCUCCGCGCACUAAUGAACAACAUCACCUCGGAGGGAAAAGCUGAAUACGAUGCGGCCAUCGAAAAAGCGUUCGCCACGCUGAAAGGGCUUCCCAGGGAUAUUGAGUGGAUGCACAAGGACGAGGUCGAGCAGAGCGGCCGGAACUUUACCCUGGAAGGCAAGCACACCAUCGAGUUCCCCGAGCGUCUCCUGAUCGUCACCGACGAGUACAUGAAGGCUAUCCGUGUCUUCACCUUCUUGAUUGGCGAAGAAGCCAUCGACUUCGAGCAGGUCAGGAAUAUGGCCUGCCAGAACCGCGGCUACAUGGUCCACAUCCAGAAUAUGGCCGAUGUCGAGGAGAAGAUCCAGAACUACAUUCGCGUGAUGAGCCGACCGUUGGGAGCCCAUGACAAGGACAUCGACGAGAAGAGCCAAGUUUGGAGUGGUGUGUAUCGAGAGAGAUUGUACCUACCUCGUCGUGAACGCUUCGCCGACCCCGCGCCACUCACCAACCAGUCGUUCGCCCAAAUGAACCGAAUGGCGGCAAAGAGGAAGAUUCACAUGAAGAAAGCGGAAGCUCGGAGUCGCAUGUUUGUCACUACCGUGUCAUACCCCGUGCUGCUCAACAAGACCUUUAUGGGCGUCGCAGCUGUCAACAUCCCGUUGACUGAACUUGGUCAACUUGCUCAUCCUACUGAGAUUGGCGGGAACAGCUACUACUUCAUGCUCGAUUACAACGGCUUCAUCAUGUUCCAUCCUCAGCUGAGACCAAUUGACAUGCGCACCAAACUCCACAAGCAAAACUACAACAACAUGGAGCUGCUCGAGCUGGAGGUCGGCCAGAACGGGAUGAUGCACAACGUCGUUCUGAACUGCGACAACUCGAAGCCGCCGACCUUGGAUGUGCUUUUUGCCUCGGAUAUGGUGGAUCGCGUGUACCCCCAAACCAACACCUACUACUCGGAGUGCAUCAAGGAUUCUGACUUCGUGCUUGGAAGGCCGAUCACCUCGAUCAUUGCCUACUUCAUGAGAUUCACCAACAAGUUGCUACUCUCGGCCAAGCAACUGUCCUUGUUCCCGUUUUUCCACCAGUUCAUCAACACGGCUGAAGCCUUCACCGCGUCGUUCCACACGGCUCACGAUGGGUUCCCUUGCACCAAGGAGACGCCUUUUUACUACCAACAACCUGAUGACGAAACCAGAUCUGGAGACCUGGUCGACGGAGGCCGCGCCGAGAAGCCGUGCAUCAACACCAAGUGCGCUGUCCGGAUGCAAGCCCACAGCGUGCCAAACACCAACCUGAUCAUGGUGUGGAUCACCCAGACCAAGGACUCGAUGCACUGCUACGAGUCGGCGCACUGUCCGCUCAACUACCCGAGUCCGGUGCCCUUCAUUUGGAAGAGCACGGAGCACAACACGACGGAGAGCAAGUGCCGACACGUUCGUUCAGAUCGGCCAAACCGGAAGAAGCGCUGUUUCCCCGGAAUGAUUGACGAAAAAGGAAUGCCCUGCUCGCCGGCCGCCCACCUCACUACGGACGCCACCGUCAUGCUGUUCAUCACCCUCGCCCUCGGCGUCGUCGUCGAGGAGGUCAACCUGCACAAGCGGAUAGCGCUGAAGAUGUUGUGCUGCACCGGAACCCGCCCGAAUCGUCUGCUCUUCGGCUUCAUGCUGAUCACCGGCUUCAUGUCGUUUUUCCUGACCGACUAUGCGGCCACCGCUCUGAUGUUGCCGUUUGCGCAUGCAGUUCUUGAGGCGAAGCAGCACGGCAAGCAGAGCGACUACAUGACCGACGCCACACCUGGCAUCAUCGUACUCUACCUGAUGUUCGUCUGGCCGAGGUACAACCCGUGGGAUGUGAGGACAAGGACUAAAGGUGAGGGCCCGGAAAAGCUGUUAACCUGGUCGAUGCUGCAGCACAAGUUGGCUUGGUCGUUGUUGUUCCUCGUCGGCUGCGGGUUCGCCAUCUCCACUGCUGUCAAGGAAAGCGGCCUUUCCUCCCAGAUCGAAGACCUUCUCAAGGAAGAACUGAGCGGUCUCGACCCAUUAUUACUUCAAUUAAUAUGCCUCCUGAUCGUCGUCGUGCUCACCGAGUUCGUGAGCAACUCCAGCACGGCCAGCAUCUUUGUACCGCUGUUUUUGGGGGCGGCGCAGAGUCUCAAAAUGCACCCGUACUACCUCGGAAUCCCGGCCGCCAUCGGACCGUCGCUGGCCUUCAUGCUGCCGAUGGCCACCCCGCCGAAUGCGCUCGUCUUCGAGACGGGCGAGAUUACGUUUUGGGAAAUGGUCUACUCGGGCGGCUUGCUGAGCGUCUUCUGUGUCGGCGCCACGAUGCUGAACAUGAACACGUGGGCGUACUGGUGGUUCAACAUGGACGAGCACAAAUGGCUUGAACGGGCCCCCGGCAACACGACGCUCCAAAUGCCACCCACCCCAUCCGCUCAUGCCAUGAGCCUCAACGGCAUUGAA